AUGAACUCCCCCAUCUCCGUCUCCGACGGCUUAUGGACAUUCACCAACUACGGCCCCCUCACCACAACAUUCACCCCAGUCCCAAGCUGCACCGGCCCCGACGCGAGAAGGCUCGGAAACUUCAACAACGGCCAAGUCAUCAUCAAUUACGCCGUCCAAUGCACCAAUAAUAUCGGCACGGAUGACAAUUGCUGGCCCGCGCCCACUACCACGCAAUCUCCCUUCCCGACUCCGCCUAACGGCAGGUACUGGGAGGGUAUCGGGGGCUAUUACUCGCCGGGUUUGUACUGUCCUAAGGGCUGGGAGACUGUUGGUGUUGCGGCGCGCGAUGCUGGUAGUUCGCUUUCUUCGUCGGGGGCUUUGAGUACGACGACUGUUGUUGAGACGUUUAGUCGCUCGGGUACUGAGACUGGGUUUUUUACGGAGCCGACGGGAGAUAAUGCUGGUUCGAUGUUGAAGGGUGUUCUUGAGCCGAAGCAGACGAUGGCUGUUUGUUGUCCAAGCUCUUUCACAGCAGACAUCGAAGGCGGCGGCUGCUACUCCAUCGAACCAAGCUACACACCCACCGCAGCCUGCUGGAGCGACGUCGGCCUCUUCUACGAAAACACUGAAAAUACCAUCACAUACACAUCGGGUACAAAAAUAAUCACGUCCGUCAGUGAAGGACCCACAUCGACAACCUACAAAAACGAGACCAGAUCGUUCACCUUCCCUAGUAGUGACGCUAGCCAGUUUACGGGUAUGGUGUACGUGGCUAUGCUUACUCUGGUGCAUAAGGAGUCGGAUCUGGUAUCUGCUACUUCGGCAGCGAAGGCGACGGGGUCAAAGGCGACGUCGAAUGCGGCUGUGAGGUUGGGAGGUGUUCGGCAUGAGGAAGGGUCGAAUGGGAUUGUGGGUGUCGUUGGGGUUGUUAUGGCGGCGAUGGGGCUGGGGGCUGCUAUUUUGUUUCAGUGA